CUUCUCUGAACAGCAGUGAAGGAAAGAGGAAAAAAAAAAAAAAAAAAGGAAAUGCCUUCUUCAAAAGAUGAGAGCGAAGAACCUAUAUCUCCCAACGAAGAGAAAUCGAUUGAUGAUAGUAACAACAAUAGCAGCAAUUUCUAUGAUAUCUAUGGACCGCAAGCAAAAGCAGAACUUGUUUUCAAGAUGCCAGAAGCUAACUCAACUUUGAAUAUGGAAGACGUUCAAGGACUUGUAACCUGGGUUCUCGCUGAAGGAUUCAUGCCAACAUGGGUUUUUAUUAAGAAUAAGCCUUUGAUUCCAAAAGUGGCUAUGCUUUUCAUACCUGGCCUGGAUGCGGCAUUAUACUUAUCAAAGUCUAAGUUACUUUGUAGUUUUAAAGAAUGUUGUGGCAAUCCAAGGGCACUUUUAGCUCUUAGCUGUAUGUCAGAUGAAAUGCAGACAAUUGAUGCACUUCUAACUUGCAAGACAAAAAGAAAGAGAGAUGCAGUUGAUUCAGUUUCAAGGAAAUCUACCCAGACAUCUGAACAAGAAGGAAGAAAUUCUGGUAUGAGGGACUUACCAUCAGCAGAACUCAUGAAAGAUCUACCUUUCCCGCUGACAUACUACACACUUGCAGCUAAACAAAUGGAAGAAAAUGGGUAUUGUAUCAAUCAACCAGGUUUUCUGUCUACCAAUCCUGCACCUCCAGGUUCUGCUCCUUAUGAUAUGCUGGCACUUGAUUGUGAAAUGUGUAUCACAAAUGAGGGCUUUGAGCUGACAAGAGUGACCUUGGUGGAUGUUAAAGGACAGGUGGUAUUAGAUAAAUUGGUUAAACCAUUAAAUGAUAUUGUCGACUAUAACACGCGGUUUAGUGGAAUCACACGUGAGAUGCUGACUGGGGUAACGACAAGUCUUAAAGAUGUUCAGGAAGAGUUCUUAAAGCUGGUUUACAAAGAGACUAUCCUGAUUGGCCAUUCAUUGGAGAAUGAUUUGAUAGCACUAAAGAUCUCUCAUGAAUUGGUGAUUGAUACUGCAUUGUUAUACAAGCAUCCCCGAGGUGGAUCUUACAAAACUGCUCUCAGAAUUCUUGCUAAGAAAUUUCUUUCUAGAGAGAUACAGCAGUCAGGGGCUGGACAUGACAGUAUUGAAGAUGCAAGAGCAGCUUUGGAACUGGCAUUGUUAAAGAUUAAAAAUGGACCUGAUUUUGGUUCCCCUGCAUCAUUUUUAAGGAGGAAGCUCCUCACUGUUUUGAGUGAGAGUGGUAAAAUAUCCUCUGUCAUUGAUGAUAUUUCCGUGGUGAAGCGUUAUGCUUCUGAAUCAUCCCAUGCAUUUCCUGUGUCUUCCGAUGAUGAAGCACUUUCAAAGGCGAUGAAGGAGGUGAAGAAUGAUAGGGUGCACUUCAUCUGGACCCAGUUUUCAGAGUUGAACUCCUAUUUCAAGAAGCAAGUGGAGGAUGAGGAGAAGCUAAAUGCAAAACUUGCAGAGAUGAUAUCAUUGCUUACAUGCAAAAAGAAGUCUGCGAAGAAGAAUGGCAUCAAAUGCUGUAUGACAUCUGAUCUAAAGGAAAUUUUGACUAACAUGGAUAACAGGGUCCGUUGCUUAUACUCUGCCUUGCCAACUAAUACAAUGCUUAUAAUUUGCACCGGACAUGGAGAUACUGCAAUUGUUAGAAGAUUGAGGAAAUUGCUCGCGGAGAAGAAAGAAACCACACAAUGCCGUGAGAAGAUUGUAAAAGUCUUGGAAGAGCUUCAAGCCCAAGCUGAAGUAGCUUUGUGUUUUGUAGGUUUGAAGAACUGAAUAUGCUACAUAUGUUUGUUAUUCUCCUUUACUUUCUGAUCCCACAAUCAUUACAAAUGAUUUUUAGCACCAAGUUUAACUGUUUUGGUGUAAAACAGUUUCGCAUUGUACGAGUUAAUGUAAAUUAAUGUAAGAAUGUCUGAAGUAAGUUAUUAAGCAUGUUAGUUGAUUAUUAGAGGAAAUGAAAGCUCUAUGGGGUUUCUGAUUUGCAA